AUGGCGUGGACCGUGGACCCGCAAUGGGAGGCGGCGCUAGGACUUAUCGGGACCCUCUCCGCCAUAGCCCUGUUCAUAUCACCCUUGAAAACGUUUCAGCGGAUCAUCAGCAGGCGAAGCACGGAGGAUUUCCCGUCCUUCCCCUACGUCUCUACGCUUCUGAAUUGCUUCAUUUGGACGGUCUAUGCGCUACCAUUCGUCACUCCCAACCGCCUUCCACCGCUCGUUACCAAUGUUAUCGGCGUGGCCUUUCAACUGGUUUACCUCGUGCUCUUCGUGCGCUAUGCUAAGGAUAAAGCUCAGAGCCAAGUGCGGCAGCAGCUGCUGAUACUCUCCACCUUUCUGCUGCUCUUCACUGCUCUGCUCUUCACCGUCGUUCCUCCUCCCAGUCGCAGUGCAGUGGCUGGAAACCUAGCCACCCUCUUUACUGUCGUCAUGUUUGGCGCUCCUCUCUCCUCGCUGUCUGUGGUGCUGAGGACACGCAGUGUGGAGUUCAUGCCUCUGCCUCUGUCACUCAUGUCAUUCGUUUGUAGCACAUCUUGGAUGGCCUAUGGCAUCUACGUGCAAGACACUUACGUGAUUGUCCCAAACGCCCUGGGUUCAAUUCUUGGCGUCAUCCAACUUUGCAUCUACUAUGCGAUCAGCCGGGAGGGAAGGAAGAAGCCGGCAGAAGUUGAGAUGGACGGCGAAAACAUUCCAUUGCAAGAAACGAGUUCGAGACUGCCGUCCCUCCGCGCCGUGGAGGAGGUGCUGCCGAUGUACGCGCCGCGAAUGCAGCUGGGGGCGGGCUCAUUCGGACGGGUGUUUCUGAUGGAGCACCGGCAGACGGGCGGAAAAGUAGCCGUUAAGACGCUGAAGAAGGAACGGAUAGUGGAGCUGGGGAUGCAGGACAAGGUCCGGCGGGAGAUCAGCAUUCUGCUCCGCGUGCGUCAUCCCAACGUCAUCCGUCUCUACAACGUCGUCGAAACGCCCAAGUACAUCCUCCUGCUGAUGGAAUACGCCGAAAACGGCGAGCUGUUCGACUACAUCACGCAGCGCGGGCGCUUAACUGAGGGCGAGGCGCGGCGAAUCUUCCAGCAGAUCGUGGCGGGAGUGGAGUACUGCCACCGCCGCAUGGUGGUUCACCGGGACCUCAAACCCGAGAACAUCCUGCUCGACGCCUCGUGGACCGUCAAGAUCGCCGACUUCGGCCUCGGGAACCUCAUGACCGAGGGGCAUUUCCUGCGGACGAGUUGUGGCUCGCCGAAUUACGCUGCGCCUGAGGUUAUCAGCGGUCGUUUCUAUUGCGGGCCAGAAGUCGACGUGUGGGGCUGCGGCGUCGUGCUCUACACGCUCCUCUGCGGCCGUCUGCCCUUCGACGAGAAAUCCCACGUGGCUCUCUACCAGAAGAUCAAAGCCGGCGCCUAUUCCCGCCCCACGCACGUCACCCCCGCCGUGCAAGACCUCCUCGCGCGUCUCCUGGUCGUCGAUCCGACCAUGCGCGCCACGAUCCCCGAGAUCCGACGGCAUCCGUGGUUCCUGCCGUGGUUCCUGCCGUCCGAUCUCAUCCGCCUGCAGGAGGACACGGCUGCCGGCCGGCCGGCGGCGCCGCUACAGCUGAACGCGACGGCGAUUUCGAAUCUGCAGGCGGUGAGGGUGACGGGGGAGGGGCGCGCGGUACUGGCGGGGAACUGGGUGCAGGAGGCGUUCGCGGCUAGGUUCGCUGAAAAAUCCGGGCCCAUGGGGGCAGCAGCAGCAUCAGCAGGACUCCAUGACGCUACAGUAGCUGCUGGGUUGAGGGAUGUGUCGGUCACAGGGGGGUUGCACGAUGGGAGUGGGAAUCACGCUGCGGAUGGUGAGUUAAGCCUUGCUGUCCGAGGCAUGGACGAUAGAGAAUGCUCUAGUAUGGCCGGGACUGGCAUGGGGGAAGGAGGAGGAGGCGGGGGAGGGGUGGGAGGGAUGGGAGGAGGCAGGGAAGGGGUGAGGGAGAUGGGAGGGGGUUUGACGGGAGGAGCAGGAGACGGGGCAGGGACGGGAGCAGGGGCGGUGCUGACAAGUAUAGGGCCGGGGAGUGGGGCGGGGCAAGGGGCGGGAGUGAACUCUACGAGUCUCACCAGCCUCACACUGGAAAGCAUAGGCGCCUCUGCAGCUGUGGCUGCAGCGGCGGCAGCUGCAGCGGCGGCAGCAGGAGAUGGGCUGCGGUUUGAAGUGGUGCUGAUGCAGGACGGCAAGGGGGAGAGCUUGUUAGACCUGUGCUUGCUGUCGGGGUCUAGUGCGGCUUUUGCUGAUUUCUGCUCAAUCUUCUGGCACAACCUGUCGCAGCUGUGA